GGCACAACGCAUAGCAGAGUGCCGGGACACAGCCCUUAGCUGUGGUAUAUUGGCCAUAUAUCACAAACCCCUGAGGUUUCUUAUUGCUGUUAUAAACUGGUUACCAACAGUAAUUAGAGCAAUACAAAUACACGUUUUGUCAUACCUGUGCUAUAUGUUCUGAUAUACCACUGCUUUCAGCCAAUCAGCAUUCAGGGUAGAACCACCCAGUUUGUAAUUGUGUAUAGGACAUGUAUCCCAAAAAUAUAAUUUAAAAAAGUACAGUCUUUAGGAAAUGCUGUCAUGAACCCACAAGCACUACACCUCACUGUAAUGAGUUUAUUUUAGUGGGUGUGGAGUUGGUCCUCUGAAGCGCCUAACAACAUUUUUGAUAAACCAUUGAAGCCAUAUUCUUCCAGGCCAAAUGAAUGUAUCAUAUUCUGAUCUUGAUUUUGGUAAUUUUUUAAAACUUAAACCAUUACAUGAAGGAAUAAAUCAGUAUGGUUUACAAUACGAAUACCUAAAUGUUUAAUGUAAUAACCGAUUUGACACGUAUGAGCAUAGUAGUCUUGUUAUGCCUACAAAUUCCGGCAAACAAGCAUCACGCCCAUUCUCUCAACUACGGUGUGAUCUCAGCCAGCGGCAGCUGCGCAGCCUCAACAACACACUGCAGAUCAGGGUAUUCCGCGACUACGCGUAUUUACUGGAGUUAUUUAUUUAAUUGAUGUUAUAUAAUAGUAACUGACAAAGCACACACCCGUCCUCUACCGACAAAACGGACUCUAGCAAUGCACAGAGGCCCAUUAAGAAACCUGCUGAAACAAACUGACCUGUGUACUCAAUAGCAAGAUAUAUUAAAGCUGCGACAGUGAGCAGACAAACACAUAACUGGAGUGUCAGCAUCAGGGCAGGUGGUGAAGAACUAGUAGAGUGGUAAGAAGAGCGACCUGGCCCGUGCCUCAGCCAUGACAGACCCCAGCCUGACGUCCCCCUCAGAGGCCCCUCUGCGCUCCCCCCGGGCUGCACCCCUUUCCCUCUCCUUCCCCUUUUUGAGGGAGGGCAGCCGUGUGUGGGAAAGGGGAGCGCCACCCCAGCCCCGGUCACUGCCCAGCCCACUGCCCACCAAACGCAACCGCACCUAUUCAGCCACGGUGCGGGCCACCUCAGGGCCAGCGUUUAAGGGCGUGUGCAAGAGCUUCUGCAGGUCACAAGGUCAUGGCUUCAUCCAUCCCUCCAAUGGCGGAGAUGACAUCUUUGUUCACAUCUCGGAUAUUGAGGGCGAGUAUGUCCCAGUAGAAGGAGAUGAGGUCACAUACAAAGUCUCCCGGAUCCCACCCAAAAACCUGAAGAUCCAGGCCGUGGAGGUGAAGAUUGUUCAUCUGAACCCAGGGACGAAGCAUGAGACCUGGUCUGGCCAGAUCAUCAGCCAGCUAGACGAGAGCUAGGCUUCAGCGCUGGCCUGUUUAUCUACACUUGGCUACAGGGAGGGCUAGGGUGGGAGGUUGAGGGGUAUGGCUAGGGCAGGCAGGGACGGCCAACUGGUGCUGGAGAGUCUGUCUAAAUCAGGUGUGCUAGAGCUGGGCUGAAACAAAACUCUAGAUACACUGACUGGCUCCUCAGGACACAAGUUGGCCAUCCGUGAACUAGGAUGUGGUUGGUACAGACUGGAUUGAUAAGUCAUAAAAGCAAGUAAGGGAGGAGAAUAUGUUCAACCUGAAGGUACUGAAAAUGGGUGAGGGAACAGAGCAGUGGUGGAGGAAAUAGAAUGAGAAAUCCGACACCAUUUUGAGGAGAAGCAUUACUAUUGGUAUGAAAUCAAAAUGAGGUUGGCGAGAAAAUAACUGACAAAGGUUUAGAGGUACAGAAUUGGAAACGUCUGAUUGAGAGAGCAAUCGAGAAGGGAGGGAGAGAUGUCAUGUCAAAAAGCUUGGAAGAAUGAUUUAUAUUUUACUGUGAAUGGAAAAGCCACUAUUAAUAUUUGAGGUACACAACCAUCUUUGUAUUUAUAUAUAUUUAUUUGAUCGUUUUGAGGUUACUGGAUUUACGUUUUGGGUAUUGUAGUCAAACAAAUGCACUUAAACUUGAACUUCCAUUCUGAAAUACUGCCGAGCCGACUACAACUCCUAUUAGGCUUUAUCAUGUGGCAAUAUGUAGUCCUGUUUGCAAAUUGUAACUCACCAUGAUGGUAUGAGAAAAUUACUGCAAGGUUUUUGAAACUAUUUGAAACUUUUCUAUUGUCUGAGAGACACUGUAACACACUGUCAAUGGAAUUGAAAUACAUUUUAAUGUUUUUGUUUAAGUUUUGAUAUUAUCAUUUGAUUGUUACUGAACCAUUAUUCAUAUUUGUUUCAUGUCUGCCUAUUAUGUUUAGCAUUUCUCCAUAUUUAGGAAAUUUCUAUGCAUAUUUAUAUCCUUCAUUCUUACUGUUUUGGGUUGUUUUAUUUCAUAUAUUAGUUUUAGUUAAAAUGCUAGGUUUUCCAUUGGUCACAGUUCAGAGCAUUUUCUGUUACACAAGCCACUGUGGCUAUAGUUUACCCUCAUUUCUAUGUGAGCCUUGAAAGAGCACUAAUAACAUUUUAUGAUUCACAAUUGUGAUGGCUUAUCUUUUUUAAAUAUUUAUCUUUGGAGAUAAGGGUGUAUACAUAGUAUGUGACAUUAGAAUGCCAUGCCUAUGCGCCUUAGUUAUAAUUUCCAUCUGUUGUACAAAAACAAACAAGUCACACUUGGCACAAUGAUAUAAAAUAAUUUAUUACAAUGAACAUAGUUCAAAUGAAUACAGUACUCAACAGUCACAUGAUGAUUUCACAAUUAGUGUAUGUCGAUCAAACUGUACAAGUGAAUCCACUGGACCUUUGUCAUUCAGGAAGGUCUAAUGGCCUUUGGCAGAAGGGUGAAGACAUCCAGAUUAUUAUAUUUGUAGCAGACGUCAUUAACCUUUUAAUAAAAUUUGAUUUGAUACAACUAAAGGAUGUGUACCUGUGAAUACUGGGUAGGUAAUGUAAAGGCUGUAUAAGCCAUCUGUGAGAUCCAUUUCUUAUAGCGGUGCAGACUGAAGUAGCAGGAAUCAUUUAUAAGUAAUUGCAUAGAUGAGGUAAGACUUCUCCCUACAGUGUCUAAACACUUAGUACCUUUUUUUCUAUCUAGAUCCUAAAAGGGUUUUUCGGCCGGCUGUCCCCAUUGAAUAACCCUUUUUGGUUUCAGGUUGAACCCUUUCCAAAGAGGGUUCUACAUCGAACCCAAAAUAGUUCUAGCUGGAAUAAAAAAAGGGUUCAACCUGGAACUGAAACCGGUUCUCCUAUGAGGAUAGCUGAAGAACCAUUUUGUGUAGAACAUCUACACCCCCCUUGGAUUUCUUCACAUGUUGUGUAACAAAGUGGAAUUAAAAUUGAUUUAAUUAUAAUAUUAUAUUUUUUUGUCAACAAUCUACACAAAAUACUCUUAAAGUGGAAGAAAAGUGUUGAACAUUUGUUUUUAUAUACCUUGAUUAGAUAAGUAUUCACCCCCCUGAGUUAAUACAUGUUAGAAACACAUUUGUCAGCGAUUACAGCUUUGAGUCAUCUUGGGUAAGUGUCAUAAGAGCUUUGCAUUAUUCAAGCUCUGUCAAGGUGUUGGAGAUCAUGGCUAGAUAGCAAUUUUCAAGUCUUGCCAUAGAUUUCCAAGCAGCUUUAAGUCAACACUGUCUCCUUGGUAAGCUACUCCAGUGUAUUUUUAGCUUUGUGUUGUAGGUUAUUGUCCUGCUGACAGAUGAAUUCCUCUCUCAGAGUCUGAUGUAAAGCAGACUGAAGCAGGUUUUCCUAUAGGAUUUUUCCUGUACUUAGCUCCAUCCCAUUGGUUUUCAUCCUGAAAAACUCCCGCCUUUGCCGAUGUCAAGCAUACCCAUACCAUGAAGGCAAUUACUCUGUGAUGCGUUGGAUUUGCCCCAAACAUAAGGCUUUGCAUUUAGGCCAAAAAAUACGUUCAUUUGCUGUGGUUUUUUUGCAGUAUUACUUUCAUGCCUUGUUUCAUGUUUUGGAAUAUUUUUAUUCUGUGUGUUUAAAAAUUUUUUUUUUAUCACUCUGUCAUUUAGGUCAUUAU